UUAGCUGCUUACAAAGAUAAAAUAGUACAAAAAAGAAUUAAAUAAAUUACAUUAUAUCAGGGAAGAAUUGUAGUAAAUAUAAUUACUUAAUUAUUGUAAUAAAUAUUAUUCUAAAAAUCCACACGUUAUAAAAAUGAAUGUUAUUCUGAUAUAAACAGAUGAAAUGCUACACUUCUAAUAUUAAAAAAUUAUGGAUACAUUUCAUAUCGCAAAGAACAUUAAAGGAUAUAUCUCAUAGAAGCAAUUGCAAAACAAGUAAUAUAAAAUUUAAAGAUCAAGGUGUGAUAUUAUUAUUAAUAGUGCCCAGUAGAAUGGAUGGUAGUGCAGAACUAACGGCAACACAACAUACAAAAUAUCAAAAGUUGGCUAGUGAAUACUCAAAACUGCGAGCACGGGCAGGUGUAUUGCGAAAUGCUGUUUUGGAUGAACAGUCAAAAGGAGAGAGUUUACGUGAACAACUACGACAAAGUGAAACUGCACUUCGUCGAUCUGAGCAGGAAGUCGACUCAUUAGGUUUUCGUAAUAGACAACUAGAGCACAGAGUUGCGGCUCUUCAAGACGAAAUCGCAAAACGGGAGGGACGUACUAAAACCGAUAAAGAGCAUUUACGAAAGCAUACAUUAGCUGGAAAAAGUGAUGUUGCUGUCGCAGAUGGCGUAGGUGAUUUGGGACAAGAUGCUCUAAUUUUCGAAGAACUGCAAAAGAAAAUUAUGGAAAAUGCAAAUCUUACUACAAUGGUUGACGACAAGGAACGUGAGUUGCAAAUUUAUAGCGAACGUUUGCUGAAUUUGCAACAAAUGCUAGAUAAACGAAACACAGAUUUCGUCGAGUUAGAAAAGCGUUUUCGACGAGAUUUUGAAACAUUACAAAAGAGAAAUACGGAGUUAGAAAAUAAGCUUGUUGACGCGAUAAGUAUGUUGGGAAGUGAGGAUGCUCUGAGUGUUUCUGGGAGUGAUCAUACACCCUUACAUGUUGCUCUACAACCACAUGAUCAAUCAACAACGUUAUCUACAACAUCUGUGCCAACAGCUGAAGAACGUAUUUGUAACCUGGAAAAAGAGAUGUUUCACUGGCGUACUCAAUAUGAAAUUUUAAAAUGUAAUGAAGCGGUUAUGUUGAAAGACGAAAAAAAUGGCAUGUAUGAAAAUAACGUCACAUUCUCGUCAGCUGCUAAUCCAGAGAAAAGCAAUUGUAGCUGUAGCAGUGCAGCGGCUGGUUUGAUGGUUAAGUAUUGUUCAACGGAAACGAAAAGCGCACGUGACUCUUAUAAAGAAUCGACACUACCACCCACAAAGGAACAACUUGUUUAUAACAGUUUUUGUCACAAAUUUGAAAAUCUUUUGAAAUCGAAGUACAUAGCUGAAUCUCGAAUAUUUUCAUAUGAAACAGAAUUAGAACAUUUUCAAAUAUGUUUAGAAAAUGCGACGCAUGAGUUAAAAGCAAAGGAUGAGCAGAUGGAAAGCAUAAACCAGGCAUUAAAAAUGCUAGAGGAAGAUUUGACGACUACGCGGAUUAAUUAUGACGAGCAAAUCAGUGUGCUUACAGAACAGGUAAUUAACUUAAGUGAGCAACUUGCCGCCUCAAAAUAGAAGCAAAUAUUUCCUUAAAAUCCCUUGGCAUACAACCAAUUUAACUCGCAAACAUACACCGUUCAAACGAUAAACAAUAAUUGUAAAUUUUUCAAGGUUUAAUUGAAUAUUAUUGCAAUGUAUGCAAGUAUUUAUGAUCCCAUUGUUGAACAUUUAGGUAUCUUAAAACAUGUUCCAGUGGCAGCUCGUGUUCACUGGGACAAUAUCUAAUUACACGUUGUGUAUGUAGCAUAAAAUAUUUAAAAGUUAAAAAUUUGUGUAACAUGUAAAACUUUGUAAAUUAAAGAAAUAUAUUUAAUAACAAGCGGAUUAAUUCAUAUUUUCUAAAUGUAUAACUUUAUAACAUUUGUAAGCAUUAAUAAAUGGCAAUAUAUAUGACAUUUAUGAAAGCAGAAUAAAAAUGAAAUUUAUAUCUAUA